AUCAACCAUCGAGAAGAAGUAGUAGUAGUAGUACCUGUAGUUAAAGGGCUUCAGAAGCUUCCUGAAGUUGAAAGUCACGGCUAUGAAAUAUGUAGACGUGUAUAUACUUUAUAUAUUUGCGUUCGAGAGUCUACGAGUCUUACUUUUAUGGGCCUGACGUCAAUGUGCGCUGACUGGAGUUUUGAAGGCGAAUUAGGCAGCUAACAUGUUCCGCUAGCUGUCCCCACUUGUUUUGCUUUUAUCUGCGUGUGUCUUUCCGAGGGCUAAACACAUGAGCGUGUCUCUGGUGGUCAUCCGCUUGGAAAUAGCCGACCAGUCUCCAGUCCCGCAAGGGUUUUGCUACUCGGCUGUGGGCGACAUGUCGGAGGAGCAGCUUCAGGAUAAAUCUUUGGGCCUGGCUCGUCUGGCCCUGAGUGGCAAAUCGGAGCCGGAGAGGAGCGCCUUGUUGCAUCAGCACAUGGGCAGCAGAUCCAUGGGAGACAUGGUCAUCGAGACCUUUGAACCCAGCCCAGACCAAGACAGUGGCAGCCAAGACCAAGACAGCGGUGGCCAAGACGAUCCAGGUGGUUGCGCGGAGUUCAAGCGGGCGGAUGCUGCGGAGGCUCCGGACUCCCCCUCCAAGCAGCUGCCCCAACAAAUCUCCUUCUUCAGCGGCAACCCGUCAGUGGAGGUCGUGCACGGGAUCAUGCACCUCUACAAGACCAACAAGAUGACGUCUCUGACGGAGGAUAUCGAGCGCAGCGCGAUGGUGUGCAUCCUGACGGUUCCAGCCACCAUGACCAGCCACGACCUGAUGAAGCUGAUGGCGCCAUUCAAUGACGUCAUGGAGCACAUGAAGAUCAUCCGAGACUCCACCCCCAACCAGUAUAUGGUGCUCAUCAAGUUCAACACGCAGGCGGAUGCCGACAGCUUCUACGCGACGUGUAAUGGCCGCCAGUUCAACUCCAUUGAGGAGGCAGUGUGUCAGCUGGUCUACGUGGAGCGCGCCGAGGUCAUCAAGUCAGAGGAGGGUGCCAGUUUGCCCGUGAUGGAGCUGACGGAACUUCCCAAAUGCACCGUGUGUCUGGAGCGCAUGGACGAGUCGGUCAACGGCAUCCUCACCACACUGUGUAACCACAGCUUCCACAGUCAGUGUCUACAACGAUGGGAGGAUGCAUCGUGUCCGGUGUGUCGCUACUGUCAAACCCCCGAGCCGGUGGAAGAAAACAAAUGCUUUGAGUGCGGCGUGCAGGAGAACCUGUGGAUCUGCCUGAUCUGCGGCCACAUCGGGUGCGGUCGCUACGUCAGCCGUCACGCCUACAGGCACUUUGAAGAGACGCAGCACACUUACGCCAUGCAGCUCACCAACCACCGCGUCUGGGACUACGCCGGAGACAAUUACGUCCACCGUCUCGUGGCGAGCAAGACGGACGGCAAGAUGGUUCAGUACGAGUGUGAAGGGGACACCUGCCAUGCCGAGAAAAUCGACGCCCUGCAGCUGGAGUACUCGUACCUGCUGACCAGCCAACUGGAAUCGCAGCGAGUCUACUGGGAGAACAAGAUUGUUCAUCUGGAGAAGGAGACUGCACAGGAGAUCAAUAACAUGAAGGCAAAGUUCAAGGAGACUCUGGAGCGCUGCGACAACCUGGAACGCCGACUGGGAGAAAUCAGCAAAGACAAGCAAAGCACGGAGAAAAAGUGCACGCAGCUGAGCGGGCGUGUGAUGAAACUCAGCCAGGAGCUGAAGGAGGAGCAGGAGAUGAACAAAUGCCUGCGGGCCAAUCAGACUCAGCUUCAGACCCGACUAGCCGACGAGGAGCGCAGAGCCAAAGAGAGCGGCGAGCAGAAGGACCAGGCCAUGGCGGAGCUUCAGGAACAGCUGCGUGACGUCAUGUUCUAUCUGGAGACGCAGCAGCACAUCCAGCAUCUUCCCGACGAGGCGCGCAACGAAAUCCAGGAAGGCCAAAUCAACAUUGCGGCGGGACCGGCGACCGACGACGACGACAACAGCGGCGGGACCGGCGACCUCAUCGCCGCCAUCAGAGCAAGGAGGGGCCGUGGCAGGAAGAGGAAGUAGAACCGUUUGAAGACUUUUGAAACGCUGUAGCAUCAAGCAUGUAAAUAUCUGUUCCAAAUCUAUUUAUGAGGCUUUUGCCUCUUUGACGCAGAGACGCAGGAUCCUGCUUUUCCUCUUCCGUGCCUUUCACGCAGCCAUGCUGUCUCGACUGCUUUCACACGGCAAAGCCACGCUGCCCUUUGAAAUGACAUGAAUCCGUUCAAGCACCCCGCAAAAAGACACCACAACAUUUUUUGCUACAUGUUGUGAGUCAAGACAAAUAGCACUGUAUUGUGUAACAACAUAUUCGAACUGAAUAAAAAGAUGAUGUCAAUUAA